AUGCAGCAAAAACCUUUUAUAAAACCAUUAAUCACUGGUCGAGCAACGUUAAGUAAAUCCUUAAAACAUAUGGGUCAAUUUAGCAAAUUUGAAUGUGUCAGUCCUUUUCCAUCAAUUAGACUGCGAAAUUCCUCCAUAGCUGCAGCAAAUACUUACACACCAUUCGAAAACGUAACUAUUCGUUAUCGUGAUGUAUCAGAUGCUCUAAUAAAGACUAUCGGCCCAACUCCGUACACAAAUAGCGUUUUCAGUACUGAUCCUACGAGUGUUUCGAGUAACACUCACGUGAACAACAAUUGGAUGAAGCCCAACAUUCCAAAAGUUUCAGGACGUUCAACGAUUUCUAGUGAUAUAGAUUGUACUCAUCAUUCGCCCAGGGCAUUGGACGAAGAAGAUGAAGGUUAUUGUGAGUCAUCUAUUAGAACAGAUUACCGUCUACUAAACAAUAAAGAUAUUGAGAAUACUAUACUUCGUCUCUUUUCUCAAUACUCUACUGCCAUUGGUGAACUGUUAGUGGGUGAAAUAUUCCACUCAUCUUUUGAACCACAUUUCAAAUGGAUUCCGAGUGAUAAAACCCUGCUAGCUAACAAAAAUUUGGAUACUAUAUUGCCUUUAGUACCUCCAAGUUGUAUUCAGAAAUUUUCUUGGGAAUCAAGAGGCAUCGGAUAUUUAGAGAGAGAACUACCUUAUUUGAGUGAAACUGGUCCAGUUUCUGCUGAAGCUGUCCUUGCUGCCAAAAAGUCUAGAUUUGGCUUUUUAUCAAACAGUGGUGAAUUACAAGAGACCCAAUCAACUGUGAAGCUCCAGACUGACACAUUAAAAGCAGCAUUUAUAUACAAUGAUAGCUUUCUGCAUGAUCUUUUAGUGAUGAGAAUAGGCAUUCAGUCCGAUAGAUUCCAGUUUGUGGGGACCUCAAGAUCAAUAGAAAGUCAAAGUGAAAAUGUUAAGCACUCCUUUUCUUAUCCGCUUAUUGGUCAUUUUUUGUGGGUACCAAAUAAAUGUGAUCCUCUUAUGUUGGGUGUUUCAUCCCAGUCCUUAUCGCAUUUCGUUAGUUAUCAUACUAUAGCCGGAACCAAAUAUAGACAGCUGUGUUGGUUUGCUUAUCAUUCUGUUUCACUCAUUCCAACGUUGACAUCUGAUAAGUCCGUUUGGCUUGGACAAAUAUGGGCUUGUUUUAUUCAGGGAUUGAAGACUUGGUUAUACUCGUACGAAAACUCAGUCCACUCAAUUUUAUCGAAGCUAUCAAAUAUUAGUAAAUCUGGACUUCUUCUUAUUACAGAGAACUUACGAUAUCUUUCGAAACAGAUUGAGUUUGUCUCCGAUUUGUGCAUGCUUAAUUAUGAACAGUCAGAUGUUUCCACUUAUCCACUAACUAAACUUCAUGGCAUAGAGUUAUUAGCUUACUUAAUGUCCAAGACAGAUGGUUCUAUGUCUCAUGCAUGCGAGCCGAUUGUAAGAUUUUUAUUUAAAGAAGCCGCUCAACCGCUCAUCAAAUUUCUGGAAUCGUUCGCUUUAGACGGAAUUUACGAUGAUGUUGGUAAUGAAUUUAACUUGAUUGUCUCGAAUGAACAUUUAUUUAGACAAGAUAGUUCAUUUUGGACUAAAAGUUUUCAUUUUUCAACUCAUGAUGAAAUAUUGAACAUUAAUAUUGGGACCGAGAAGCUUAUACGUGUCUCAUUGAGUCAACUUUUACCGUCGGGAUUCGAAAAGGAAAUCUUGUGCUGUGCUAAGUCUGUAUUGUUAUUAAAGUCAAUCUCGCCUAAGCAUUUCCUAUUUCAAACUCGCUCAAAAUUCCCAACACUUAGUUUUCUGGAGACUGUUAAUGAGAUGUCGGACCAUAAAGACGCAUUUGAAAAAUAUCAAAAAUUAUUACAAGAUACAGCUUAUGAACAUACAGCUACAAGAAAACAAAAAAUUGCUCAAAUGAUUACUGAACGACAAAAUUUCUUUAAAUAUAUGAAUCAGAUUCAAUCAUCAAGACUUGCUGCUAUCGAAGCUAAACGACGUGAACAAUUAGAAGCAUAUUUAACUAAACAACAAGCUGAAUUAGCUGAUUUAAAAUUAGCAGCUGAAAAUGCAGCUAAACAACGUCAAGAAGCAAUAGAAGCUGAAAAGAAAGCUGAUCAAAUGAUGUUAGAAUCAAUUUCUGCGUCGGAUAAGUAUAGAGAAGAAGUGAUAGCUGAAGCUAAAGCUGAAUUAGAAGCAUUGUACACGAAUUUAACACACCAAACUGAUGAACGUAGAUUAAAUUUUGAAAAACAUAUUGAAGAUGAUCGCAUCCUGAUAGAGACAUUAGAGCCAACAGUGACUAAAGCAUUAGAAUUUAAAGCAAAUCGUUCUGCUCCCAUUGGUAAGGAUAUAUGCAAUGAAAAUUCCAAUGAUGAUAAAUCUUCAAUUAAAAUUACUCCAGAUCAAUCUUCUGAAAUGUGUUUUAUUCCAUCUGAUAUGAAUCAACAAGAAAUUAAUGAUCAUCAAUCACAAUUAGAGUGUCAUCAUACUGUAAAAAAUGAAGAAGAUGAAAAUUUCAUUCAAUCUGAUGAUCCUUUGACAAUUCUACGUAUUAAAUUUCGUCAACGUAAUAAAAAUGUCUGCAUAUCCAAUGAUCAAAUGUCAGAGAUAAUUUAUGGAGCUCAUGACAAAUGUUCAGAUGCAAAAUCGAUUGAGCCUAAAUCUGUUGAAGCAAAUAGUUUGUAUACGAUAACAGCUAUAGAAUCUUUUCGGCAACGCAAUACUUUCGGUCAUUCUUCUGAUUCAACUAUUCAACAUAUACUCUAUGGUAAAGGUGUUGGACCAUCAUCUAGGCCAUCAGUAUGGGAAGUAGAACGUGUAAAAGAGGAUGCAGUUCGUUCAGCUACAGAACUGCCUGAGCCGGAUGCAGUGACUUUUUACAAAGAGGUUCUGGAAUCCUCUGAGAAUACGUCAACAGUUAAACCAUAUACUAAAGAAUUUCUAUCACUUGAUCAAAGUUGUUGUCUUCCUGUAUCGUCGAUAUUCACAAACUAUGAUUCAUCUGUACAGUCGUCGAAUGAGCUUAACGAAUUGAUUAAAAAUGCAAAUAAUUCAUUAUCCAUGCCUUUACGUGUACUCAUAAAUCGUUCUGUGAUUUGGCCUCUCACUAUUCAUAUGAAACAUGUGAAUAGUACACUAUGCAAUUAUUUCAUAUUUGAUCUUCGUCUAUGUGAUCACUUUUAUUGUUUGUAUGAAACUUUUUUCCUAACUAAUGGAAGUUUUGCUCAACCAUUAUUGAAUGCUUUGUUUCAUAAGGCCACUGGACCAGUUCAUGAUCGUAUCAAUUUAUUCGAUACAAAUUAUCUUCAACAACUUAUAAAAUCAAUAAGUACAGAUAUGGCCAAUCAACAAUUCUUAUCAAAUUUCAAUUCAGAUCUUAAUAGUAAUAUUAAUAAUAAUCAUGACAGCAAAACUAUUAAUUCUCCAUUAAUAAACACUACACAAUUAAUAAAAAAUUAUUUAGAUUUAAUCUCAUUGUCAUCAUCAAAAUCAACCACCACUGUACCUUCUUCGUUAGACAAUGAUUUCGAUAUAGAAUCAAAUUAUUCCAUACUAGAUAAUCAUUCAUCUAUCAUUGAUCAUCCUAAUGAAUAUAUAUCUUUUAAAAAUUUACAUUUAAUCUAUCAUGCACCAUGGCCAAUUAAUCUUUGUUUUAAUGAGAAUAUUAUGCAAAAAUAUAAUUGUAUUUUUCAACGUUUAAUUCAAUGUCAAUUUGCUUUAUGGGCAUUGAAUUCAUGCAAUAAACAAUUGAAAACUGAUCAUAAUUAUUGUUUAAAUUAUUUAUUAAAUUUAAAUUCUAAAUCAUCCCUUACAACAACCGUGUCAUCAUACUCAUCAACAUUGAUAGCGGAUCAAUUAUCAAAAACAUUUCAUUGUAUACAUUUAUGGUUACAUGAAUUAUAUCAAGUGAUUUAUAAUUUAAAUAUGCAUUUAUCUAAUCAUAUACAUGCAUGUUGGAGUAAAUUUAUUCAUUACUUAGGUUUAUCUAAUACAUGUUAUAAUUUUAUAUCAUCUGUAAUUGAUAAUUCAUUGAAAAUUGAUAAAUACGCGGAAAAUAUUCCUAAUGAUAAUUAUUGUAAUAAUAAUAAUGAAGAAUCCAUUAAAAGUGAACAACACAUUGACAAUUUAGAUUCAUUGUUCAAUGUACAUGAAAAUUAUUUAAAUGAAAUUCUAUCUGGUCUUUUAUUAGAUACAUCAGACAAUGAAUUAAAUCUACUAUUUCAAAGUUUGCUAACAUGUGCACAUCAAUUUCAUCGUGCUUUAUUAACAGGCAGAUGGAUUGUUAGAUCAUCAUCAUCAUCAUCAUCACAUCGUCCAAUUAAUCAGAUUCAUAAUAAUGAACAACCAUUUCGAGCCAGUGAACAAAUUGAACAUACAGAAUGGAGGCAAUUAUAUGCCAUUCAUGCAAGUUUUCGUAGUUACAGUCAAUUUCUGAGACGUCGUGUCAAUCGUCUACUUGUUCAUAAUACUACUACUACUACUACUACUACUACUACUACUGAUAGUCGAGAUAAUAGUCAUAGUAUUCGAAGUGGUCGAUCAAAAUUAGCACAAUUAACAAUUAUCUUCGGUUUAAAUGAUUUUUAUACUUCGACAAAUGCUUCCAUAAAUAUUAUUUAA